AUGCGUCUGUUCAACCUCCUCGCCGCAGCAUCGGCCCUCGGGUCUGCCCUGGCUCAGGGCUCCGACGGGAAGCUCCGCAUCAUGCCCCUCGGCGACUCCAUCACCGAGAUCACCUGCUGGCGCGCCUUCGUCUGGGACGACAUCGUCGCGGCGAACUACUCGUCCAAGGUCAAGUACGUCGGCUCGCAGAACAGCAACCCGCAGAACUGCAAGCCCAAGACGGCCGGGUGGGACAUGCACCACGAGGGCCACUCGGGCUGGCUGGCCAUCAACAUCGCCAACCAGUACCUCGAGCGGUGGAUGCAGAGCACGCCGGCCGACAUCGUCAUGUUCAUGCUGGGCACCAACGACGUCAACACGGGCCGCAGCACGGCCGACAUCAUGGCCGCGUACACCAAGAUGGUCAACAUCAUGCGCAAGGCCAACCCCAAGAUGAAGAUCAUUGUCGACCUGGUCAUCCCCCUGCCGUUCCGGCCCGACGGCAUCAACGCCAUCAACAAGGCGAUCCCGGCGUGGGCCGCGGGACUCAACUCCACCGAGUCCCCCAUCGUCAUUGCCGACUGCAACACGGGCUUCCCGGCCUCGGAUCUGAGGGACGGUGUCCACCCGAACCUGGCGGGCGACGAGAUCAUCCGCGGCAGGAUUUCGCCCCUGCUGCUCAACCUCAUCAAGGAGUCGCUCGGCGAGUAG